GCCUGUGUACGAAGUAAGGAUACAAGCAAAAAAAUGGACAGAUACGAGUACGAGAAAAACAUAAGCCAAGUACGAAGGUACGAGGCAAAAAAGGCCUGUAAGAAAGUUCAAAAUUCCAACUACAGACUCCGACCGACCACUAACGAGUAUAUCGAUAUAAGGUGGCAAUCAAAGACGGGACUAGAACCAGGAAUCUCUUGUUGAAAACCCGUAUACUAUAGUUAAAUACCAGGGAUGUUCCCCGUUCCACGUCCACCCCACCUCCUUUCCGUGGCGCGCCUCCCCGAAAAUUGUUUCCCGUGCCCACCCCCUCCCCACCAUCGGGGAACAACCCAGAUAAAUACAGGUCUUCCCUUUGAGGAUCUCGGGUUUGGUUAAUUUUUACGUUCCUCAAUGCAGAUGUAAUAGAGAAAGACUUAUUUGUGAAUAAUAAAUAUCCUAUUAUUAUUAGAUCGGUGUAAUGAUUGAUAUGGCAGCCGAAGCAGGUGCACAAAUUAUUUGCCUGCAAGAAGCCUGGCCAAUGCCUUUUGCUUUCUGCACGCGGGAAAGACUCCCUUGGUAUUUUAGUAAAUAUUUUUUAAUAAAAAAUUUAUGA